AUGCAACGCGAUGCACACCUAAUUUUUGCCCGUUCGCUCUCCGAUCUCCAGCGUAUCCUCGCAAGGGAAGUCAUCGCCACUUCAAUUGCUGGAUUCAUCGUUACAGACGCCAAAGUCAUGGGAAUCGACACAGACAUUGACCCUGAUACCGACGCAAACAGCGAAGAGGGCAGCGGGGAUGCCGAGAUGGCAAGAAUAUCUAGAGUCUUAGGUGGGAUUGUGAACGGGACUUACUUUUAUUCCAAUACACAUGCACUUGCCCAUCUGUCUUCCAACGGAGCCAUGCCAAACAGGGGGUUGAUACCAGGGUUCGGAGGGCCCAGGCGUACCAACCCCCCCAGUACCCGUGAAUGGACCGUCGUGUUUGCAUUCGACUUCCCAUCUCAAGCCGCGCGGUACCCGUUGCGCUUCGGAAGAUACAUGGCGGAGACAUUCGGCGUCGGAUGGAGAAUGUGCGGUGCCACGAAGGGCAAGUGUGCGUUGGAGAUAAGUGAACGCGGCCUCAGGAAGAUGGGGGAAAGAGUGUAUCGAGGAAACAAGUAUCAAAUCCGCGCUGUGUUCCUGGGAUCAGUUGAUGAGCGGGACAAAGUGCUUGUUGUUGCGAAGGGCGCGAGUGUCGGAAAUGGUGGACUGGGGAGCCAGGGGCAGCCUGAGGUGUAUCGUGUGGAUGAGGAUCAGAGCGGGGGUGAAGACGGGGAAGGAUGUGUGCGUGAUAUGCCGGCAGCGGCCACACAACCCACCGCAGUCGCAGCGGCAGCGUCAGCAGGAGAUACAGACAGUACUGCCGGUGAAGACGGGGAGUUUGAUAUUGAGCAGGUAGAGGUCGGAGACGAAGGUGUUGGAUGGACGCUUGCGGCGGAUAGCAAUGGCCCGACUGGUCCUUUAGGUGGAGAAGGCGAGGAGUUGGAUAUGGACAUGGAGAUGAUCGACGCCGAAUAUCGCCGCGAAGAACAUGACUGGGCUGAUGAUGAGCUUACGAGUACUGAAGGGUCCGACAGUCCGCACGAGGACGAGAACGAAGGCGCGAGUACCACUAGCAGCAGCAGCAGUGACGCAGAUGACGCCGCCAACAAACGGGUUAUAUAUGUGAACAUCCCUGACCAGCGUGGAAACCAGAAUGCCGACUCCGAUGACGCAUCUGCAGCCCAAUCGCCAAACAAAAAGAAGAAGAAGAAAGAGACGCCCAAGCACGUCGCGAACUGCCCUGUCGCCAUCCAUGAAGUCAAACAGUUGACAGGGAACUGGGUUCAGAAUGGACAGCGACCUCGCAUGCGUGGAUACGUCGGCUUCGCUGGACACGUUGAGGAUAACAGGUCUAUGGCAAGUUUGAUCUUGGGUAUGUGUGCCGUACGGAACACCAGGCCUCUGCCGGAAUCUAUGCGGGCUUUUUUGCGCGAUCAUAAUCUUGGAUAG